GGGGGAUCGAGAUCCCUGAAAAGAAAACUUAGACCUGCCCAGGGAAGAACUCCUGCUGGACUGAGGCACAGGGGUUAGGGAACGCCAGGGGACUGAGUGUGCCUGAGGAGGGGGUGAGGAGGGAAGCAGGAAAGACAAGCCUAGAGUCUGGAUCGCCUUGGCAGUCACUGACCAUGCCCGCUCCGCUGCUCCCGCUGCUGCUGCGAACGCUGCUGGCCCGCCUGCUGCUGCCCGCUGCCCGCCUGGCCCGUCGGCACCUCCUGCCUCUGCUGCGCCGGCUGGCCCGCCGCCUGGGCUCCCAGGAUAUGCGAGAGGCUUUACUGGGCUGUCUGGUGUUCCUCCUCAGCCAGAGACACCCGCCAGAUGAUGCCGCUGCUGCCGGGGAGGCCUCCAGAGUGGCCCGCCUGGAGAGGAGGGAGAGGAUAGUUUCUCAAAAAUGAGGCUGCGAAUCCCAGCAGUAGCUGUAUUCAUUGAAAUGCUUUCUUUUGGAGUAAGACAGCCUUGGCCCCUUCACUGACCGCAGCCUGCCCAGUGGGCAGAAGACAUGGUGGGGGCACUGAGCCUGAGAGGGGUCUAGCCCAGACGUGCCUCCUCUCUCCCAGCAGAAAUUGUUGGAAGGAUGCUCUCCGUAUCUAGCCGAAAACCAUCAUUCUCCCUCCCUCCCUGCAUUCUUCCCAAGUCCAUUUCUAAUCACCUCGGGCCUCUGGGGGAAGAACGGACUCUCCUCCGCCACCCUCCACCCCCAGGCUAACAGGAACAUGAGACCCAAUGAGGGCCAUUGCUUAACCCAAGGACAGGCGAUUUAGCUAAUCCAGACUGUCUGUCUGUGAGUCAGGAUUCACCUUAAAGUAAUAAGACCUUUGUUCCUUAGAGAGUCAGUCCUGCCCUCAAAGUCCAGCAUGCAGCAGGUGCUCAAUAAAUAUUUGUUGCCUUGAA